AUGUUACAAUUUGUAUUAAUAAUAUUAUUAUUCAUACCAACUAUUGUUGAAUCUAAAGGUGCAUGGUCUUAUGAAAAUACAAAACAAUGGCUACGUGGACAUCAUUAUUGUGGUGGUAAAUCGCAAUCACCAAUAGAUCUUCACUUUGAUAAAUCACGUCGUGAUCAUCGUCUUAAACAGUUGUAUUUCGAAGAACAAGAUUUUUCAGGACCAGCCGAACUUUCCAAUAAUGGUCAUACAGUACAACUUAAUAUAAAAAAUCGUUAUGUAUUAAAAAAUGUUGCACCUGAAAGUGAAGACUACAAAGUUGAACAAGUUCAUUUUCAUUGGGGUCAUUCACAUGAUAUUAAUAAUGGAUCAGAACAUUUACUUGAAGGACGACCAUAUCCACUUGAAAUGCAUGUGGUUACUUAUUCGGAUUUGUAUUCAAAUAUUCGUGACGCUAUGGUUAAUACACGUGGUCUUGCUGUUGUUGGUGUUUUCUUUGAACUUAGUGAUGAAUCGAAUCCAUCGUUUCAACCAUUAGUUGAUGCAUUAACGCGUGUUCAAAGUCAUGAUCAACGAACUUCUGUUAGUGAACAAUUUAUUUUGAAAACAUUAAUUGGUGAAGAGCGUAUGUAUCGUUAUUAUCGUUAUGAUGGUUCAUUAACAACACCACCUUGUUAUGAAUCAGUUAUAUGGAGUGUUUUAAGAGACCCAUUGAAAUUAUCACGUCAGCAACUUCAAGCUUUUAAACAUUUACAUGAUGAAAAAGCUAAUACAAUGAAAGAUGUAUAUCGACCAGUACAACCACUUGGUUCCAGAAAAUUAUUUCGUAGCUUUUUUGCAGAAGACAUUGAUGAUGAUUUAAAACAACGAAAGUUAAUCUUAGAAAAUCGCGGACAUUAUUUAACAAAUAAUAUGAUAUUAAUAGCUUUCUUAACUAGUUUAUUAAUUAUUAUACACUAG